AUCAAGGUCUUCGGUGCCACCGCCCCACACAGAAGAAGCAAAGCUUUCCUACACUAUGGAGGGAUCUAGGGGGCUUUAUUAGCGUCUCCGAUUACCUCCUUUUCCGCCCCUUGUCUCUCUACAGACAACUUGCUUGGCAGAGCCAGUAGGGGAAAGAGUUCUCACUUAAUCGUCUCUUAAGAUUCAACGGGAAAAAAUAAGUAUAUAUUUGGGGAACUGGAUAUCAGACUCUCCAGGUGACGAUGUUAGUCCCUAAACUCAAACUUGAAGAGACUCAAAGCAACUGCCCCGCUCUGGGGAAUGCCUAGUACAGGCUAAAGUGUCUCCGAUAGUCAAGCAACUUUCGCUCACACCGGAACCUUCGAGUGGUCACUCACGUUUCCGGGGGGAUGGAAGAGAAGAAGAAAGCACUUACCAAGCCAGGAGAAGCGCCUCCGCAACUAGGGGCAGAGUUAUUUCCGGUUUCCUACUGUCGGGCGGAAGUGGGAGGAGUGGAGUGGAGUUAAAAAACAGUACUCUUUUCCGGUUCGGGACACAGUUGAAGCAACGACAAGUCGGAUAGCCAUUCCUGAGGAUGACACGGCAUGGCAAGAACUGCACUGCAGGUGCUGUCUACACCUACCACGAGAAGAAGAAGGACACAGCCGCCUCAGGCUACGGGACCCAAAACAUCCGACUGAGCCGGGAUGCUGUGAAGGACUUUGACUGCUGCUGUCUCUCUCUGCAGCCAUGCCAUGACCCUGUGGUCACGCCAGAUGGCUACCUGUAUGAAAGGGAGGCAAUCCUGGAGUACAUCCUCCACCAGAAGAAAGAGAUUGCCCGGCAGAUGAAGGCCUAUGAGAAGCAGCGAGGAGCCCGGAGAGAGGAGCAGAAAGAGCUUCAGCGAGCUGCAGCCCAGGACCAGGUCCGAGGCUUCCUGGAGAAGGAGGCAGCCAUUGUGAGCCGGCCCCUCAACCCCUUCAUGCCCAAGGCUGCCACCUUACCCAACACAGAUGGUGAACAGCCAGGGCCCAGUAUGGGUCCCCUAGGCAAGGACAAGGACAAAGCACUGCCCAGCUUCUGGAUUCCGUCACUAACGCCUGAGGCAAAGGCCACCAAGCUGGAAAAGCCGUCCCGCACGGUGACCUGCCCGAUGUCUGGGAAGCCACUGCGCAUGUCAGACCUGACGUCAGUGCGCUUCACGCAGCUGGACGACUCUGUGGACCGCGUGGGGCUCAUCACACGCAGUGAACGCUACGUUUGUGCAGUGACCCGAGACAGUCUGAGCAAUGCCACACCGUGUGCAGUGCUGCGGCCCUCCGGGGCCGUGGUCACCCUGGAGUGUGUGGAGAAACUGAUCCGGAAGGACAUGGUGGACCCCGUGAAUGGUGAUACGCUGACAGAGCGUGACAUCAUCGUGCUGCAGCGGGGUGGCACAGGCUUUGCGGGCUCCGGAGUGAAGCUACAGGCAGAAAUGUCCCGGCCAGUGAUGCAGGCCUGAGCCAUGUCCUAAUAAAUGUGGCUGUGAACAGUC